CAGUAGAAAAUACUCUUACAGAAGUUACACUAAAUUCUCGUAACGAAUCGGAUUCAGAUGAAAUAGAACAAGAUAUGCUUCAACACAGUUCCGCAGAAAACGAAAUUGAUGAUGAAUCGUCUCCUCAACAUAAUGAAAUAAAUACAUCCACUUCUGUUAAUUCGAGUAGUCCUGAUAGUGAAAAAAGCACAAAUGAUAAAAAUAUAAAUUUGCCAUUGUUCAAGAAAUCUCCGUUAGAUAUCUCAUCCAUUUGCACUUCUUCAGAAUCAAAUGACACGAACGUUCAAACUAUUCAACGUUCUCAUGACGUUAACAAUUCAAAUCGCAAGCGUAGUUUCAUAAACUAUGAAAACAAUUCGUAUGUUUGCUCUGAACCAUCUUGUAAGAAAAGAUUUACUCAAACGGGAGAUUUAAAGAGACAUCAACGUAUUCAUACUGGCCAUAAACCAUAUGCAUGCGAAGAAUGUGGGCGAGAAUUUUCUCGAUUAGAUACUUUAAAAGAGCACAAACGAACUCAUACUGGUGAAAAACCCUAUGCAUGUGAUUUUUUGGGAUGCAAUAAAAAAUUUAGUAAAUCGGGUAACUUACGACAACAUCAACGUACUCAUACAGGAGAACGUCGUUAUAUUUGCCAAGAACCUGGUUGCAAUAAAAAAUUUAUGUAUUCAGGAGAUUUGAAAAGACAUAAACGCUCUCAUACUGGAGAUAGUCCUUAUGCGUGUAAUUAUCCCGAUUGUAACAAAAAAUUCGGAAGGAUGGAUUCUUUAAAAACACAUCAACGAAUUCAUGUGGCGAAAGAAGCAUCCGCUUCUGAAACCGUUGAUAAUAAGGCAUCAAAUAAUAAACUAGUAUCGAAUUUGAAAAUACAUCAAUUCAUUAAUGCAGAAGAAAAACCAUUUGCAUGUACCGAAGCUGGUUGUGAUAAAAAGUUCUUACGUUCUGGAGAUUUGAAAAGACAUCAACGUGGUCAUACUGGGGAAAGACCUUAUCAAUGUGAUAAUCCAGGAUGUAAUAUGAAAUUUGGACGUUUGGAUAUAUUAAAGUCACAUAAGCGUACUCAUGCUGAUAAAGAAAAAGUUUGCGAUGAGCCUGGAUGUAAUAAGAGGUUUAGUAAAACAAGCAAUCUUCGUUCUCACCAACUUGUUCAUAAUGGAGAAAAACGCUUUGUAUGUGGUGAAUUGGGUUGUGGCAAGAAAUUUAUGCGUUCUGGUGAUUUAAAGAGACAUGCACGUGGACAUACUGGCGAGAAACCCUAUGCUUGUGAGGAUCCUGGUUGUUUAAAAAGAUUUGGUCGUUUAGAUAGUUUAAAAACGCAUCAACGUACUCAUCUUACGGAUGGUUAAGAUAAUAAAUUGAUUUUACAAAUUUUAAAACAUUAUUUGAUAGUUGAAUAGUUAUUAGUAAAUAAAAUAUAGUUAUUAUAAUUUCUUUUAAAUUCUUUAAUGAACAUUUAUGAACAUUUAUUUAGAAAAAAAUUAGAAAAGUUUUAAUAAAAAAUUAAUUGAUUUUUAAUUUGCUAUAGCCGUGGUAAAGUAUAAAGUGAACUUCAUCCAUAGAGAGAAUAUGUUUAUAUGAUAGUAAAGUGGGAACGUGAGAAUGUACAUGAAUAGUGCAUAUUGGGAGUUCACCAAUACAAAGAUAUACAAUGAUACCUUAAUUACCUUAUAUGGCUUAUUAUUGAUUAAUGUUCUUUUUAAAUAUUAAACUCACUAA